CAUCAAACAUCACAUUCCUCUUUUCAUACCUGUACUUAUUUUGUAGCAAUUGCUUCUAGUCGAUGUGGUUCAAAAAAAUCUUUGAGCGACUGCCUAAGAUGCAUGAUGGAAUACCUCAUAAGAAGUAGAAUCAUAUACGGUUGGUUUGCAAUAUUUUGUGUCGUAGUGCCUUUUCCCUCGUUCUCCCUCCAACAAACGAAACAUAGGAUUCGAACGACGAGAAAACAUCAUGAUCGGUUCGCUGAUUGGGCAAGAAGUAACCAACGAGGGCUACAAAACAAUAAUGACAAGAUUAACCCCUUGCUCCUAUGGAUUGAUGGUAACAAUGUUCGGGGAAUCGGAAAAUUCGAAUGGAAUGCAGUGGAACUUCAGCACAGAGUGGUCCGUUUUUGUCACAAAUACAGAGUGCCGAACGCAAUAGUUGUGUGGGAUCACGGUAGCCACCAGCUUUCGUGCUCAAAACAGUAUCAUUUCAACGAUUCGGGAAAGGAAAUCGCCAGUUCCGAGGCUGAUGUACCUUAUAGCAAAGAUGACAAGUCGUUUUGCGUCAACCUAAUCACCCUUUUUUCGGGCAUUAGGCAACGAGCAGACGAUGUCCUCGUGAAGGAAUCAAAUCACCUGGUUUCACUGUCCUUUCGAACCAACGUCGAAUCUGACUACAACACAAAAUUGAAUUGGUCUUCGAAUGCAUUUGUUACAAACGAUACCGAAUUGAACUACAAAUUACGGCGACAAGCUGUUCCGAACUCACCUUCGAUACGUCUGAGUAGACGGAGACGAAGGGACGCUGGCAAGAUAUACAAUUCUGAUAGCAGCAGCAACAACGAGGUGAAGGAUACUUCAAAUCCACUCUUUUGUGAUUCGACGGGAUUUGUUGACCUGCUAUGCGAAAUCUCAAGGGAGUACGACAUGGCAAUGAACGACGUCGACCAGGAAGCCUCGAUGUUGAUUGAAAAAGCAAAGGAUUCUCUUCGCGAAUGUUCCAAAGGCCAACGCCGUGGUUACAACCCCCGCAGGGAGAAAACAUGGGAACGCUGCGUACAGGCUGAAACAUUGCGCCGGUUUAUUAUUGACCAGGAAGAAAGAGUCACCAAAGAAAAAGUAAAUGAAACAUCGCCGUCAGAUACGAAUGAUGCGGUCUUCGUUGCUAAUUACCUGAAUGAAUUGCAAACCAAACGGGGAUAUAUCAGUCCGUUGCAUGAAGAAAACAGAGAAGAUAGUUACGAAACAUUUCUGCCCUUUCUAGCACCCUCUCGUCUUGACAAACGACAGCGGCGCCUGUUGGAUCGCUACAACGCACUCGUCAAAAACGGAGAAAUAACGUCGUAAAGUGCACGAAUAGCACCCCGAGGCCAAGAAAGAAAGCAAUUAUCACAUCACAGACCACGAGCCUAGAUAUUACAUCAUAG